AUGGCCUUACACGUACCUAAAGCCCCUGGUGUACCCCAGAUGUUGAAAGAAGGAGCUCGGAUGUUCUCUGGUUUAGAAGAAGCUGUUUACCGAAACAUAAAUGCAUGCAAACAGUUUGCCCAAAGCGUGCGUUCGGCAUACGGCCCAAAUGGAAUGAACAAAAUGAUCAUUAAUCACAUUGACAAGCAGUUUGUCACCAGUGAUGCUGGAACCAUAAUUAGAGAACUUGAUGUUGAACAUCCUGCAGCUAAGUUAAUGGUUCUGGCUAGCCAGAUGCAAGACGCUGAAGUAGGUGAUGGAACAAAUUUUGUGAUAGUCUUGUCUGGUGCUCUCCUUGAAGCUGCAGAUGAACUCUUGCGUUUAGGUGUCACACCCAGUGAAAUUGCAGAUGGCUAUGAAAACGCUUUGGAUAAGUGUCUAGAAAUUCUACCUGGACUCAUAUGUGAAGAGAUUAAAGAUCCUAAAAAUGUUGAGGCUGUGACCAAAGGCAUUAUUCCAUCAAUUAUGUCUAAACAAUAUGGCUAUGAAGAUUUUAUUGCAGAAUUGGUUGCAAAAGCAUGUGUGGCUAUUCUUCCUGAGAAGACUACAUUCAAUGUUGAUAAUGUGAGGAUUUGCAAGAUUCUUGGAUCAGGUCUUCUGCAAUCUGAAGUUCUUUCUGGUAUGGUAUUCAAGCGUGAAGUUGAAGGAGAUGUCCCCAUGGCCACAAAAGCUAAAGUAGCUGUAUUUAACUGCCCCAUAGACAUCACACAAACUGAAACUAAGGGCACAGUAUUGAUUAAGUCUGCAGAUGAGCUUCUUAACUUUAGCCGAGGAGAGGAAUCCUUACUUGAAAAACAAAUCAAAGAGAUUGCUGAUGCUGGAGUCAAAGUCAUUGUGGCUGGUGCUAAAUUUGGUGAUAUGGCUUUACAUUUCUUAAACAAGUUUGGGAUAAUGGCUGUACGUCUGAAUUCAAAGUUUGAUAUUCGCCGCCUUGCCAAAACUGUUAAUGCUACUGUAUUACCCCGUCUGACUACCCCUACUGCUGAGGAACUUGGAUAUUGUGACUCUGUUGGAGUUGAAGAAUUAGGCGAUACACGUGUUGUUUUCUUCCGUAUGGAAAGCACAGAGUCCCGUAUUUCUACAGUUGUCAUUAGAGGGUCUACUGACAACUAUAUGGAUGAUAUAGAGAGAGCUAUAGAUGAUGGUGUUAAUACCUUCAAAGGUAUUGCUAGAGAUGGAAGGUUCGUCCCUGGUGCUGGUGCUACAGAAAUCGAAUUAGCACAGCAACUUCUUCAGUAUGCAGACACUCUACCAGGCUUAGAACAAUAUGCUGUUAGGAAAUUUGCAGUUGCCCUAGAGAGUAUCCCUAAAGCCCUGGCAGAGAACUCUGGAGCUAAUGCGACAGAAGUAGUUAAUAACAUCUAUAAAGCUCACAAGGCAGGGAACAAAAACGCUGGAUAUGACAUUGAAUCCGAAAACAAUGGUGUGUGUGAUGCAAAGGAGAAAAAUAUCUUAGAUUUAUACAUUCUGAAAAACUGGGGCCUUAAGUAUGCUGUUGGUGCUGCCACCACGAUUCUCAAGGUGGAUCAAAUCAUUAUGGCUAAAAGGGCAGGUGGACCUAAACCUAAAGCAGCAGCGGGAAGUGAUGAUGAAUCUUAA